UUAUUAUUUAACAAAAGGAGGCAGUACCGCCACAUUUGUCUACAAAAGGGAGAGAAAUCAGAAUAAAAUUAAUUUGAAAACAUGAAGAUACUUUAAAAAAUGGGCAAAAAACACAGCCACUCGGCAGAGCCGAGGAGCCCUUCGUAGCAGCGCGGCUCACCGAACAGGCAACCAAUCAUCACGCAGCGACUCUCUAUAUAAACCCCCAGCCGGCGGCUCCCGGGACACGCCGUUCUGAUAGUUUAAGCUUACUUUUUGUCCUUCCUGGCUAAACAGAAAAAUGUCGGAGACUGCUCCAGUUGCUCCUGCUGUUCCCGUACCUACAGAGAAAACACCUGUUAAGAAGAAGACGAAGAAAACGGGUGCAGCUGCUGGAAAACGCAAGGCGUCCGGGCCCCCGGUGUCCGAACUCAUCACCAAGGCUGUCGCCGCCUCCAAGGAGCGCAGCGGCGUGUCCUUGGCCGCGCUGAAGAAAGCGCUGGCUGUCGCUGGUUAUGACGUGGAGAAGAACAACAGCCGCAUCAAGUUGGGUCUUAAGAACUUGGUGAGCAAGGGCAUCCUGGUGCAGACGAAGGGCACUGGCGCCUCAGGUUCCUUCAAGCUCAACAGAAAGGCGGCCACCGGGGAAACCAAGCCCAAGGCUAAGAAGGCGGGCGCGGCCAAGCCCAAGAAGGCUGCUGGGGCAGCUAAGAAGCCCAAGAAGGCCACGGGCGCGGCCACCCCCAAGAAGGCCGCUAAGAAGACCCCCAAGAAAGCCAAGAAACCGGGGGUGGCUGCUGGGGCCAAGAAAGUGGCCAAGAGCCCGAAAAAGGCGAAGGCAGCCAAGCCGAAGAAGGCGGCUAAGAGUCCGGCCAAGGCCAAAGCCCCCAAAGCCAAGGCAGCCAAGCCUAAAGCUGCCAAACCCAAGGCUACAAAGGCUAAGAAGGCGGUCUCCAAGAAGAAGUAAAUCGGUAGUGGGACGUCGUACUUCGAAAAUCUCAAAGGCUCUUUUCAGAGCCACCCACUAAUCUCAGAUAAAAGAGCUUAGCCGGAUGUGUUUCCGUAGGUAACC